CUGAGCCCCUCCCUGGCCAGGCACUGUCCGUCCACUGCGGGGCCUCCUCCCAGCCCUCACUGGCUUGCAUCAACCUGCUUCCCAGGGGUUUCUAUCCUCUACCCCCUGUCUGAGCGGCCUGGCAUCUGUGGCCAACCUUCUGUCCUAGCAUGUGUCGGGGGGAAGGGUCCCACCCCGCCCUGUAUGCCACCCGAGUCUGGAAUCAGGAGAGACGCCAGGCUCCCGCACAGAGAGGUGGUCUUAGCCAGCCAGGACAGGUGAGGGACGGGGCCUGAGGGAAAGACCCUUGGGAAGGCACUGCUCCCUGGGGGCAAGUCCUGGCACAUCACAGGCUGUGCUGUUGGAGGGGCCGUCCUCCCGGGCUUGUUCCUGCCUGCCUGGUCUUUGUCUCCCAGGAGGGAGGCCACGCCAGGGGCCCUAGCAGUUGGCAGGGGAGAGAGGGUGCCAGGGCAGGACCUGCUGGAAGGGUGCAGGCAGGGCCUCCCCUUAAGUCGCUGGGUAAACAGUGUGGGGAAGUAGGUGUCAGCCUGGCCCAGGAGGCAGCUCUGCUCGCCAACCCCCCCCCCCACCAACAACACACAGACGACUGCAGCUCUAGCGUCCCAGCCCUCCCGGACUAGAUGCCACCAGCUGCUCCCCUUCAGGAAGGGUUUCACGAGAGGACCACCAGGCUGUAGUAGCUGGGUGGGGGUGGCAUGGAGAGGCCCCCCAGCCAGAGGACAGAGCGCUCAGGCUGGCUGCCUCUAGCGGUAACUGGGAGCCAAGCCCCUCGGCUAAGUGGUGGACCGCUCCCCCACCAGGGAGAGAGGUCCUGUGUUGGACUGGGGACACAUGGGCUGGAGCUGGCACACAUGCCUUCCAGCAUCCACCAAGGAUCCCCGUUCCUCCCAGCUGGACUCCGGGAGCUCUGCGCCCGGGGAGCAGGGCCCAGCAGAGGCCGGGGCAGAGGCAGAGCAGGAGCUGCGGUGGAUGGAGCUGGGCUCUGAGGAAGCCCUGGGAGCUGAGACGGAGGGGCCCAGGGCUCCACAGGCCUGCGGGCACCUGCUGCAGGCUGUGUGGAGGGGUCACCCGGGCCUGGUGACCCAGCUGCUGCAGCAAGGGGCCAGUGUGGCAGAGAGGGAUCGUGCGGGUCGGACCCCGCUCCACCUGGCCGUGCUGCGCGGCCACGUGCCCCUGGUGCGUCUGCUUCUGCGGCGCGGGGCGCCCGUGGGGGCUGCCGACCGGGCGGGGCGCACGCCCCUGCACGAGGCCGCCUGGCACGGGCACUCGCAGGUGGCCGAGCUGCUGCUGCGGCGCGGGGCCCCGACAGAGGCGCGCUCGGGGGCAGGCCUCACGCCGUUACACUGGGCCGCCGCGCUGGGCCGCACGCUGCUGGCCGGGCGCCUGUUGGGCGCACCCGGCCCGGGGCCCGGGGCCGCGGAUGCACGCGGCUGGACCGCGGCGCACUGGGCGGCAGCGGGCGGCCAGCUGCCUGUGCUCGAGCUGCUGGCGGCGGCCGGCGAGGGCCUGGACGGCGCCCUGAUCGUGGCAGCCGCGGCUGGGCGCGUGGCGGCGCUGCGCCUCCUCCUGGCGUGUGGGGCGCGGGUGGACGCCCGGGACGGCGCGGGGGCCACAGCGCUCGGCGUGGCAGCGGGCCUGGGCCGCCUGCAGGACAUGGAGGUGCUGCUUGACCACGGGGCAGAUCCACGCCUCAAGGACUGGCAUGGCCGUUCAGCCCUCCACAGGGCUGCGGCCAGGGGACACCUGCAGGCCGUCCAAGUGCUAGCAGCCUGGGGAGCUGAGGUGGAUACCCAGGACUUACUGGGCCUCACACCCCUGCACCAUGCUGCUCGGGGAGGCCAUGUGGAGGUCACCAGCCACCUCCUGGACAGCGGUGCACAGGUCAACGCUGCUGGCUGGCUCCACAAGACCCCCCUGCACCUUGCCAUGGAGCAUGGCCAUGGCCCCACCACAGAGCUUUUGUUGAGCCGAGGGGCCAGCCCCACUCUGAGGACACGGUGGGGUGAGGUGGCCCAGGGCUUGGUGUCUGAGGUCUUUGGAGAACUGGAGUUCUAGGGACCCACAGCCCCAGGGUCCCUGAGCUUCUCACUUCCAAGCCAAGCCCACACAGCCAGGACAACAGAUGGCUCUGUGGACUUCCACAGCCUUGUGCGUGCCAGGCUCCUCUCCCCUGGGCCGAGGCU